AUGUACUCCUCUCACUGUCCUAUUACCAUUAGUAAUAGUCAGCCCACCAUCAUGGAUAAAGAUGCAAGUUGGGAUUUGCUAGAAAAUGAUACCUCUCCUCUGUCAAGGGACAAAUUACUACCUCAAUAUGGGCAUGGUGAAAACUCUGCAGGUGUUAUAGCUGCUGUGGCAAAUAAUAAUAGGUGUGGAAUGGGUCUGGCAUACGGCGCAAAAAUUGGAGGUAUCCGGCUGUUUUAUGAUGAAAUGGCUACAGAUGCUCAGGAGGCCAAAGCGCUAAGCUUUAAAAGAAACCACAUUGAUAUUUACUCAAACAGCUGGGGACCAGAAGAGAACGGAUAUGAAGUUGACGGCCCAGGCCGUUUAACACAGAUUGCAUUAGAGGAAGGUGCAGAGAGGGUAUGUUGUAGCUAUUUAAUUAAAGUGUAAUUUGAGAGACGCGAUAUUAUCUAGAACUGGAUA